AUGGCACCUAUCCGAGUUGGCCUCGUCGGCCUUUCGACCGCAAAAGCCUUCACCGGACGCGGCUGCUGGACCGCAGUUUCUCAUCUUCCAGCUCUUCUUGCAUCGCCAGAGUACGAGAUUGUCGCUCUUGCAAACUCCUCCGUGGAGUCUGCAAAGCGAUCCAUUGCGGCGCAAGGGCUUCCAGAAUCCACCAAGGCGUACGGAAGUGUUGAUGACCUUGCCGAUGACCCCGAUGUCGAUCUGAUUAUCGUGUCAGUCAAGGUGGAGAGCCAUUAUGAGCUUGUUAAACCGGCGCUCCUCAAGAACAAGAAUGUUUUUGUAGAGUGGCCCAUGGCGGCAAACACGGCCGAGGUUGAAGAAUUGGCUGCGCUAGCAAAGAAGCACAAUGUGCAGACGUUCAUCGGAGCCCAAGGCAGAGCAUCCCCGGUGAUGCAGAAGUUGAAAGAACUGAUUGCGAACAAUAAGAUUGGACGCGUCAUUAGUUCUUCGGUGGUUGCGUGUUCUUUGAAUCGCACUGUAGACGUUUGGCCUGAAAGCUUGAAAUCUUACCUCGAUAUGGACAGUGGUGGAAACGAGUUCACUAUAGUCUUUGGUCAUUUUCUUGAUUCAUUUGUCAAUGUGCUGGGCGAUCUUUCGCACAUCCAAUCGAUUUUUAAAACGGGAUACAAGACUGUCAAACUUACCGGGUCCGACCAAUCUCGAGCGCAAGAAACUACCACCAAGGAGUCAGCUUCCAUAGCCGUCCAAUCUACCGGACAUGGUAACAACAUUGUUGAUCCCGCAUAUGUCAAAACGUCGCCCGACCAAAUCCUAGUGCAAGGAGUCACCAGCAAUGGGGCGGUAGCUUCCAUAGCUUUCCGAAAACCAAGGCAUCACGGCGAUGAACACGACCUACGUUGGUACAUCUCCGGCACUGAGGGAGAAAUCAUGGUCACUAGCCCCGCAUCAUGGUCAAUAGCUGACAAGGACGCUGAAAUCCGAAUCAAGAAUGGAGAUGGGCCAUUUGAGGUGGUUGAUUUCCAGGGCUAUCGACUUCCUGCCGCUGAGGCACUUUCGCCAAUGGCUGCAAAUACACACUCAAUGUAUGAUGCAUUUGCCAAGGGAGAUACGGCCAGAUACGCAACGUUUGAGUCGGCAGCGAAUACUCAUAGGAUUCUGGAAGAGAUAAAGAAGGCUGCGUAUAUACAUGCAGACUAA